CAACAAACUUGUCGGACAACAGCUCGCGAAACAAGCGGGAUGGACACGCUCUGAGUCCUUAUACUAUGACCGCAAAUACUUAUCUCUUGUACAGCUAAAACUCCUUAUGACAGAAUAAUAUGGUUUGUAAGAAUAAUACCAUAAAUUGUGGACUUCUCGUGGGGUAGACACGAGAAUUAUAUUGACAGAUUUUUAUAUAAAGGCAAUUUAAUAAAAAAUGAAAGCAAUCCCGCGGCUUGUCCCGAGCCAUGUCCCGCGGGUUCUUCUUAUUCUGGUUUUACUAUGCAGUAUACAAGCAUUGGCUAAAAAACCUCAUAUUAUCAUGAUAGUAGCAGACGAUUUGGGAUGGGAUGACGUCAGUUUCCAUGGCUCGCCCCAGAUUCCCACGCCUGCUUUAGAUGCGCUGGCCAAUAACGGUGUCAUCUUGAAUAAUUAUUACGUAUCACCGCUAGACACACCGUCAAGAGCAUCGUUCAUGACUGGAAAAUACCCAAUACACCUGGGUCUACAGCAUGACACUAUUCAUAACAGACAAGCCAUGGGGGUACCGCUAGAGGAAAAAUUCUUGCCCCAAUACCUCAGAGAACAAGGCUACAAAACUCACGCUGUUGGGAAGUGGCAACUUGGCUUCUUCUCCAAAGAAUACACCCCAACGUAUCGAGGAUUCGAUUCGUUCUUUGGAUUCUGGACAUCCAAUCAGGAUUACUAUAAACACGUGUCCUAUGAUGGUGGAUAUGGCCUCGAUCUGAGGAGAGAUAUGAAUGUCGUCUACAACGAAUCAGGAGUGUACGGAACAGAACUUUUUGCACGUGAAGCCGAUAAGAUCAUCGAAGCGCAUGCUCAAGAACAACCGCUGUUCAUCUACAUGGCGCACCAAGCCGUAUCAGUAGGAAACAUGGAAAAUCCUCUUCAAGCUCCCAAUAGAUUCGUUGAUAAGUUCAAGUAUAUUAAAGACGAAAGAAGAAGAACGUAUGCAGGUAUGGUGGCAGCGCUUGAUGAAUCAGUACGUCAACUUGUCACGACCCUCAAAAGAAAAGGACUUUAUCAGAACUCUGUAAUCAUUUUCACUACUGAUAAUGGUGCAGCCGCUGGUGGGCUAGACAUGAGUGCGGGCUCAAACUAUCCUCUACGUGGUGUCAAGAAUUCUUUAUGGGAGGGAGGGGUACGUGGGGUUGCUUUUGUUCACAGUCCAAUGAUCAGACGAAAAGGGCGAGUGUAUGACGGGCUCGUACAUGCGACUGAUUGGCUGCCUACCAUUUUCGCCCUCUCGGGGGGUGUACCCCAGACUCUUGGCCCCAUUGAUGGAUACAACGUUUGGGAAGCAAUAGCUCUCGGCUCGAGGAGUCCGAGGUACGAAGUACUUCAUGGGAUUGAUCCGUUACUAGGCAACCGAGCUUCAUUAAGAGUGGGUGAUUACAAGAUCAUCCUAAAUCAAACAUUGAAGUUCUACUCGGACUGGUACAAGCGCCCUGAGGCACCACACGAACUGGACUAUGCUCGAAAACCAAGACUCCUGGCCAAUGCUUCAAUAGACUGCACCAAUAAGAUGCCUAAUCCGUUACUCAAUACGCAUGCGCCGAUAUGUAACCCUGAGAAGAGGCCGUGUCUGUUUAACAUCAAGUGGGAUCCUUGUGAGUAUCACAAUCUUGCAGAGUUUAUGCCCAACACACUCAAAGUCAUGUUAGACAGGCUUAAAUUCUACUCCAAGGGCAUCAAGUCUGUUAUAUAUCCGAAGUUAGAUAACAGUGCCAAUCCUGAUAAUACUGGCGGGGUGUGGAUACCAUGGAGGGAUAGUCCUUUCAUGGAUCCGACCGUUAAUGAUUUUAUCUAUCCAUUUAGUUAUGAAGAUCAGGCUACUAACUCCACCACAGGUAGUUUACUUAAUCAGAAUCUACGUAAGUUUAUGCGAGAUCAGGCUAUAGGACAUACUAAUGAGACAGAUUACAAAACAGAUGAUAGUGAACUCAAGCAACCUUUAGUUAUCGUUAGGCUAACACCGGAAGUAGCAACCCCUGCUGCACCAACAGCCGCCCCACAGAUAACACAGCAGACUACACCCUACGUACCACCGACACAAGCACCUGUCACGCAAUCAACAACACCUUAUGUCCCUCCGACCCAGAGCACCACACCUUAUGUAGCCCCGCCCCCUGUCACUCAAUCGACCGCACCCUAUGUUGCACCCGUCACGGAGUCUACUACCCCGUAUGUGCCUUCACCUCCUCCUUAUGUAGCUCCUGUCAGUGAGACUACCACACCCUAUGUACCUCCUACAGUAUCCACCACGCCUUAUGUACCUCCGCCUACUCAAGCACCAGUCACACAAUCAACAACUCCAUACGUCCCACCAGUCACACAAUCAACAACUGCCUACGUCCCACCAGUCACACAACCACCCGUUACAUACCCACCUAUACAAGAAACUACACCUUAUGCUGCGCCUGUUAACCAAAAUGCCUAUGAUACAACAUCACCGCCGCCAGCACCAACACAAGCAUACACUAUUCCAACGACACCUGCACCCACACAAGGACCGAUACUCAAUAACACUUUAGAGGUCCCUGAGAACUUCACGAUCAAAGUCAGCUUUGGGGAGCCCCAACAACCAGUUAACGAGAACAAAGACCUGUUACAACCGGUUGUAGCUCAACCUGCUAAUCAGGAAAAACCGGUUGCCUCUCAGCCAAGCCUUUGGGAUCAUAUAAAUUCGUUCAACAUAGAAAAUUCCACAAACCAGAUCUCAACGGGGAAUGUCCAAGAGGUCUCUCGCUUGAGCCCGCCAAAACGACCAUUUAUGUUUAUUCAUAAAGUAAAACCGUACAAGACCUUCAAACACGUUAAACCAGCUCCUGGAGUACCGGAAGUACUUGAUAUCAUAGACGAGACCGGAAAUAAUAAAUUAUCUGAUGCCGGAAGUGGUCAGGCGAGUAUUCCUCAGAUAUUUGACAUCAUUGAUGAGAUGCAUGGUAAGCCAGCCACUGACCGCAAGACUAGUCAUUUCGCAAUAAAACACAAAGGGCCAACAGCAACUAGCAAACCGCUGUCCAUUAGUGACGUGGGCUCAGGCAUGGGUGUAGGACUGAACGGGCUUCCCGAGGGAAUCUCUGUGUUUGGAGCGAUGGGUGACAAGAAGUUAACUCAUGAGAAUAAGGACAGACAGAAUGUAGUUGGAAUACCACAGCCUGAAGAUGACGUGCACAAGCCGCACACGUUCUUUGGUAACAUUACUAUCGGAGGUCGUGUUUAUUAUGUCGUUGGUAGCGAGAGCGACGAACUGGCGAGAAUUAAAACCAAAAUUGAGGGUGAUAAAAUUAUGGUCCAUUUACCCAAACCACAGGAUACCCAAACAUCUAAUACAGGCUACAAUGAAAUGAGGGAUAGAAUCGAUCUUAGCAGCGAUGAUAAUAAUGCUAAUAACAAGCCUAUUGCCAACUCCCUCGCGGCUCAUAAUGUGACGACAUACCCCUUCAAUGGUCAAAACGGUACCAAAUGCGAGAAGGUCGUUCAGCUCGAUACUUCCGACAAUGCAGUCGUCGUUUCUUCAGUGGUGAUCGUCGUGAUUGCGUCAGCAAUGGUCGUUGGUGUAGCAGUUGUUGCUAUGGUUGCGGUGGUUGCUAGGCAUUGUCAGAAUUCUUCUAGGAAUUAAGUCAAGGAAGCGGUUAGCUUCAAAUUAAUAAUAAGCUGUUACUAUGGCAACCAAUAGACCACGAUACGAAUAACGAGGCUUGGUACAUACCACCCUUAAAUUAUGGUUGCCAUAGAAACUAGAAAUAAUUAUAUUAAGCCUGCUUCUCUCGACAGCAAAAGCACUCGAAUAUUUGCUCAAAGAUUAAUUUAGAUAUUAGAAAUAUUUCAGAGAAUAAUUCUAUUUUUAGCACAUGGACUUUCAACUUUUUUCGUUUAUAGAUAUAACGUGCAUUGACAAUAUUAUGAAUGAAGCUUAAUUGAGUUAAAUUAUCGAUUAAAUUAUGCAAUAGCGCUUAAUACGUAGCUUUUUUUUCUCAAUUUUACUUAUAUAUAUUUGACUAAAAUUACAUUUCUACGUCAUGGCCACGUAAUGAUGACGUCAUAUUGCCUUGAGGAACAUACCUAGUUCAUGCUUCUUUUGUUACGUCAUGAGAAGAAGAAUUAUGAACUUUUGGGCGUAAUGUUUUCUCAUUCCAAACCUUUCGCGAUGAGUGGCCGAUAAACCUUUUCUAUCUUUACGGUGAAUAACACUCAAGAAAAUGACACGUGGUCUGCAAGAGAUCGCUUCGCCUUGUCAUUUUGAAAGUAUGACGUCAUCAUUAAUAAGCCUAUUGUUUGCUGGCCAUUUUGAAAUACAAAAGCCUCGAAUUGAAGCAGAGGCCUGGUUACAUUUCAAGAUGGCGGCCACUUAAACAGAAGAGCUAUUCCCAUAUGGUCAUUUAGUAAUAUAAAAAUUCACUAUAAUAUUUUUCCUUUUCGUUUCUGUUUGAUCAGGUAAAUUAUGCAAUAAAUGUGAUUUGUUGGAAGCCGUUAAAUGAAAUAUCAAAAUGAUUGACAGCUGUCAUAUGAUGUACAAAGAUGAUGAAAAUAAAUAUUAAACAAUCAAGUGUCAAAAGCUAGCAGUU